GCCCAAAAUUUCGCGAGGACCCAGAAAAAAAUUGAAGCACUGAAGUCGACGCCCGGCCCCCCACCACGGCAACUUCCUCAUCGCAAACUACCAAGAUGUCGAAGUCUACAGCAGCCGCAACGGCGCCUGACUCUACUGUCUCGCUCGUCAAUCCCGAGCAGACCCUCAAAGCGUCCCGGGCGCUCCUUGCGCACAUCAAGAAGGCCGCCGCGGAGCCAAAGGCCGGAAAGCAGAAUCUGCUCGCCAACGAAGAGUCCACAGUCGCGGAAACGUCUAUCUGGCUCACAUUGACCACAAAACUCCAUCUUCACGACUCUAACCGCCUCCAGCCGUCUAAAAUCAUUCUCCCCCACCCCCUCAAUACCGAUGAAGAGUCGACAAUAUGCCUUAUCGUGGCCGACCCGCAGCGCGCGUACAAGAACAUGGUUGCCUCGGACGAGUUCCCCGAAGAGUUGCGCACGCGAAUCACCCGCGUGAUCGACAUUACACAUCUCAAGGCGAAGUUCAAGACGUACGAAGCGCAGCGCAAGCUGUUUGGCGACCACGACAUCUUCCUUGCCGAUGACAGGAUCAUCAACCGGCUACCAAACGCGCUCGGCAAGACAUUCUUCAAGAGCACCGUCAAGCGGCCCAUUCCGGUCAUAUUUAUGGCGCAGCGGGCAAAGGUGGACGGUAAGAAGGUAUCACAGCCAAAGGCCAAGAAGACGAAGCGCAAUCCGGCAGAGAACGUCAACGCGCGGCCGUUGACCGAGAUCGUGUCCGAGAUUCACAAGGCCAUCGGCGCUGCGCUGGUACACCUGAGUCCCUCUACCAACACGUGCGUCAAGUGCGGGUACGCGAGCUGGACGGCAGAGCAGCUGGCGGACAACAUCAACAAGGUCGCGAAGGACCUGGUGGAGCGCUUUGUGCCGCAGAAGUGGAACAACGUGCGGAAUCUGUACAUCAAGGGCCCGGAGACGGCCGCCCUUCCCAUCUUCCAGACCGACGAGCUGUGGCUGGACGAUUCCAAGGUGGUCGCCGACGACAAGGAGGUGGCGGGCGUGGUUGCUGGAAAGCAGAAGAAGGAGAGCGGCGAGCAGGCCAACAUUGGCAAGAAGCGGAAGACGCUUGAUGCCGAGCCCGAGGCGGUCGUGUCGGAGGCCACACCCGCAAAGGGGUCGAAGGAGGACCGGCCAAAGAAGAAGGCCAAGAGGGCCGCUGUGCCCGUGAGCAACGACGAGAAGCUCGACAAGGAGAUUGCCGAGCGGAAGGCGAAGCUGAAGAAGCAGAAGGCGGCGGCGAAGAAGGCCGUCGAUGUCUAGAUAACGCAGGGUUGAACAAGCGUGCAUAGAUGGCCCGGCAUGGUCCAGUUUGCUGCUUGGUGGGACUUUACAUCAUGGCACAUCAUGGCUCGGA